AUGAAAAAGGCAAAUCUGAAGUCAUGGAAGUCUGCUUGGCAAACAAACAAAAACAAGACUACUUGUGGCGUCGCACCCUUAAAGGAUGAUAGAGCUCUCUUCGCACGCUUCUUAGUCGUCAUGCUCUCGAGGCCUGAUCUUGACAUAAAGGAAACCAUCAGUACCUUUGAGUUAACCGAGUAUCCAAGGGCACUCUUCUUCUCUGAUGGCAGUUUGCAACACUGCGCUACCAAGAGCAAGCUGAUGAACACCCUAGAAAGCCUUUUACCGGCCCAACAGCAACCAAAAACGUCUACAGUACAACCUCACUCUGCAGAUCCCUCCAGUAGGCAAGUGGUCAUUAUUGAUGCCAUGGCCGUCGUUCAGGCAAUGGGAAAGCCACUGUGGGCAAGAAAUGGGCGUGACCUAGCAGAAGUCAUUGAUUCUAAGUCUGAAGGUGCCGCCUAGGUGCAUGUUGUAUUUGACCGCUACGAAAUCCCAAACUCCUUAAAGGAAGGAACACGUCAGAAACGAACGGGCACAAGCAGAGCAGUGGUAUACAAGAUUACUGUGGAUCCUGUUAUUGAAAAGGUCACGAUGAAGGAUCUUUUGAGCUGCAGCCAGAAUAAGGAGACAUUGGCUAUCUUCCUUGCAGCAUAACUUAUCGACUGCAAGAAAGACUCACAGACGACGUAUGUGGUAACCUCUAAAGGUGACUGUAUAGCUUCUAGUAGCCUACCGAUUCAGCAUUUAAGGAGUGAGCAGGAGGAAGCAGAUACUCGUAUGCUCCUACAUGCUCUAGACGCCACACAGAGAGGAGCAACGUCCAUAACCAUUCAGAGUCCAGAUACAGACGUACUCGUUCUGACGCUCUGGGUUAACAAGAGACUUUGUCCAGAUAUUACAGUGAUUGUUGGAACAGGAGGAAAACGAAGAAGUAUUCCACUAGGCCCACUCUACGAGGCGGUAGGAGAAGAACUUGUGAAGGCUUUACCUGGCUUUCACGCUUUUUCAGGAUGUGAUCAGACAGGCACUAUCAGUGAAAAAGCAAAGUGUCUUGUUGGAAUACACUAAAGAAAGCCGAACAAUCAGUACUCGAUGCCUUUUCCAGCCUGGGAACCACCGACACCAUCCCAGAUGAUAUAUACAUAACGCUAGAGCACGCUUUGUCUGCCAGUUGUACAUCCCAUCGACACAGCUAA